GUAUUUCUUAAAUAGAUUAGCGGAAGAAAAAAUCAGCAUCGAAAUAAAUUAUCCAUAACAGUUUUCUUAGAAUCUUCGAUCCAUAUAGUCUAGAAAUAUAUAUUUAGUUUAUAAAUUUAUUAGAGCUGUUUCAAAAUUGAUAACUAGAAUUAAGAUGAAAAAUAAUGUUUAAUUGUCAUGUUAAAGCCAGAAAAGGAUCUGAAUUAUGCAACUGCUGGAGUUCCUAUCGUUUUUGUUACAAAGCAGGACUUCUCUGAAAAUGACGAAUUUCAAAAUAUUUUCCCUCUACCUGCUUCAAAAUAUAGAUACUCUAAAUGGUUUGAGCUAGCUGAUUGCAAUGUGACAUCAAAUAUGCUGAAAAACCCAAGAAUUAGAAAACCACCUCAAGGUUUCAAGGUGGAGACUAUUCUAAUGUUAGAAGAUGAGGAAAGAAGACAACGAAAUGAAAAUUCUUGGAAAUCAAAAAUUGGAUUUAGUUCAAAAAAAAAGGAUUACAAAAGUAAAUUAGAAAACUGGGAGCAAUGUGAGUGUAUCAACCUUUCAUAUCAAGACUUAGCGCACCCUUAUCAAAUGAAAGAGUUUCUUAAAAUAUUGCGAAAAUUAGUUCGUGCAGAGCAAAUAGAACUUAUAGAAAAUUCUUUAACAGAUUUGUCUUCUGUUUUUUUACCAAAAUGUCGAUAUUUGUUUCUCCAACGUAAUCUGUUACGAAACCUAAAAAAGCUUCCACAUUUAGUUCAUAUAGAACACAUUUCUCUGCAGCAGAAUAAUAUAAGUUGUCUUGAUGGCCUAGAGCUUCUCAAAGAAACCAAUAUAAAGUCAUUGACUUUGCAAGAAAAUCCAGUAUCCCUUCAGCCUGACUACCGAAAAAGGGUAUUUGCGCUGCUACCAAAUCUUGUUUUACUCGAUGAUUUGCCUCGCACACCCGCCGAUUAUGAUGCGCCAAAACAUUCGUGUCGAUUAUUUUAAUGACUUUAUUUUUAAUAAUAUAUAACUGUAUAUAAAUUAUUCUUUCUGUAGUAAAUUCGUUUGUAAAUAGUAAUUUUAUAAUAUAUUUAUUUUUACUAAUAA